AUGGAAUUCUGUAACAUUAUACAACCUCUAACGAAAAAUAUUUGCAGAACAUGCCUUUUAGAAUCGGAUGCUACAAUGUUUACGAAUAUACAAGAUUUAAUUGAACAUGAAGUUCAUAAAGUUAAACUCAUCGAUAUUUUAGUAUUUCUUAAUUGCUUAGAGAAUAAUGACGAAGAAAACUGGCCCCAGGGAAUUUGUGCUGACUGCGUGUCGACGGCUUUGGUUGCUUAUAAUUUCAAAUUGAACUGUUUAAAAGCGAACGCAACCUUAUCACAGAUAUUUUUUAUCCAGUCUUCAAAUAAUUUACAAAGAUCUGAUGUAGAUUCUAUUGAUAUUAACGUUGUUUAUCAGGAUCAUGAGUAUGAUGUCCCAUUGUUUAGUAAUCACUCUGUGUUCGAUUUUGAUCCUAGUUUGGAUACAUGUAAAGAAUUGACCCCGCUACCACCAGUUACAGAAAUAACUGCUACUGAACAACCUCAAAGGAAGGAAAGGGAUAAGAGAUAUUCUUGUGCAGUGUGUUCAAAAUCUUUUACCAGAAUAUAUGGCUUGAAAUAUCAUAUGAAUAAACAUACUGGUGCUCGUAAAUAUUUAUGUUCAAAAUGUGGGAAACAUUUUCUGACAUCAAAUGGACUCAGGCAACAUUCAAUAUCACACAAAGAAGUUGCUCAGUACAAGUGUGGCUUUUGCAAUAAGACUUAUAAAUCACGGCAGUCUUUAAAGGAACAUUUUCGUGUUGCACACUCAAGCAAUCGGAAACUGUUUGUGUGUGUAACUUGUGGAAAGAGUUUUACUGCCAAAUCAACUUUGAUGAUGCAUAUUAGAAGUCAUAAUGGAGAGAAAAAGUUUGCUUGUCCAAACUGCCCAAAGACUUAUACAAGAGCAUCAUAUUUAAGGAUUCAUAGCAUGGUUCACACAGGACAAGACAAACCAAAACCGUUUUCUUGUGAACGUGCAGGCUGUGAUAGAAGAUUUUCUACAAAGCAUUCCUUGUUGGUACACAUUGCACAUGCACAUAGUACUGUUAGACCUCAUAAAUGUGAGGUAUGCUCCAAAGGUUUUGCUACUGCGUCUGGUUUGAAAAUACAUAAAGAGUCUCAUUAUAAUUUAGAAUUGAACUGUAAAAUUUGUAAUAAGAAGUUUACUAGUAAAAGAAUUCUUCAAAAGCAUGUCAAAGUACAUGAUGUAGAUGCUAAUGAUAUGAUUUUAGAGACGGUUGUUGAUAAUGUUUUCUUUGAAUAG